AUGGCUACGUUAGAUGAUAAGCUGCUGGGGGAAAAAUUAGAAAACUAUUGUAGCAGCAGCGAAGAUGAAGCUGCAGAAGACGAUUGUGAUUCGAGUGAGGCAUCUGGCACAGGAAAGUCCGCGGGUAAGCAGGGCCCAUCGUUGAAAUCUGGUUUUCGUCGUGUGACCGAUAGUGAGCCUGCUACACUGACCCAGAACAAAACCCACUGGACAGGAACGACGGGAAAUACGGGUCCGAAAGGCGUUAUACAAGAUUGGCAAAGAUUCAAACAGCUGGAAGCCGAACGACGUGAGCAAGACGAAGCGGAAAAGUUGCGCUUGCUUAAGAAGCUGAGCAUUACUGCACGCACCAAGGAAGAAGAUAAUGCGGCCGCAGCAAUGAGCGAGCUAGACGCAGAGUUUCAGGAGUUAAUGGAUGAGGAUUUUCUGCUUGAAUAUCAGCGGAAACGCAUGGCCGAGAUGCUUGCCUUAAUGGACAAGAAAGGUUGCUAUGGGGAACUUAUCCACCUGAAAGAUGGAGGUGAAUUUCUGCAAGCCGUCGAUAAGGAAGACAAAAACACGACCAUCGUCAUACAUAUCUACCGUGAAAAGUAUGGCCCGUGUGUUAAGAUGAAUGAAGCGCUCACGACACUAGCGAAGGAGUACAACAACGUAAAGUUUUGCAAAUUUAUUAGCAGCGAUGCAGGGCUAAGCAAUAUGUUUAAAACUUCCGGUGUCCCAGCUUUGCUUAUCUACAAGGGUGGGCAGAUGAUAGGCAACUUCGUGAAGCUGGUCGAUGAUCUAAGCGAUGAGUUUGAUUUCAGCGAUGUUGAGAGCUUUCUAGUAGAGAAUGGUAUCAUCAACGAUAAGUCCUGCAAACCGACCAUCGUUGAGCAGAAGUAAAACCGUG